UUUUGUGAUUCAUAUUAUAUAUAUUUGCUGCUAUCAAUUUUAAAAAUAAUCCUAUAAAUUUCUCAUUGGUAGAGAUUUGUUUUCCCUUUCAUGAAAAUUCAUAUUAAUUCAGCAGCCAAUUGAAUGUUGACAAGCAUCAUCUGGUGAAUUUUUUGCGCAUGUGCGUUGCGCGAACAAACUUACGCCCCGAGAUCAGCUGCUCUUGAUAAAAAAACGAAAAGAAAAAGGCCGAGAAGAUCAAAAUAAUAUUAUCCAAUACUUAAAUUUACAGGUAUAAACUUCCGCGUAUAAUUUUUAGAAAUAGAGAAAGGCAAAGUAUUUCAACGGCAUUGAUUUCUUUUGCUCGAGUUGGCGAUCUUGCGUCGGACGCGCAUGCGUGAAACUUCAUACUCGGCUAGCAACAACGCGCGCCAAUCCGGACGAGAUACCGGUAUUAUUUCAAACUUGAAUGUAUGCAACGUACGUUUGAUUUCAUCGUUGCCCGUUGGUCGUGCUCGCGAGAUGUUCACUCUGUCCCGUCUUCGAAAGUUCUCUUGAUCAAUCGGGCGCAUGAAUUGAUUGAAAGCGACGGCAGAGAUUGUAGGAGGAAGAAGCGCAUACGAGUUUUCGACGAAUUUUGUGUGACGAGAUACAUAAAGAACAUACAUAAUUCUAUAUUGAUAUUAGCUACUGUUGGAUGACAUCUGUACUUUGCCAUAUCAUAGCGAUUCUUUUUAUCUUUAUGACUUGAUAUUAGUAUAUACAUAUAUAUAUAUAUAUUUUUGUGUGCACAUUAUUAAAUAAUGGAGGAUCAUUUUAAUAUAAAUGCACCACAGUUUGUAGAUUUUAAUGCAACUCACAGCCCAGCAAGGCUACCAGAUUUCUUUGAAACAAUGCACGAGAAUCACGAACGUAUAUUGCAAUCUGAUUUUGAAAACAUAGAUAAUGCUCAGUCUGAGAAUCAAAUGGACGCCACAUGUGCUAGUACAAAAUUACAGGCAGAUAUCGACUUGGAUAUUAUAAAAAGUACUCCUAUCAAAGUAAUCUCUCCUAAAAAUCGCAAUAAUAAAGAAGUAGAAAAAGAGACCACCUAUGAGCAGGUGCUCAAUGAUGCAAUGAGGAAGCUCGAACUUUGUAAAAAGCAACCUAAAAUUCGAGAAGCACUUAACAAAACUGUCACUUGUACCCAGGAAUCUGUCGUUUUUAAGACGCCUAAUAAUAUGUCUAAAACUGCUAAAUCAUCUAGAUCUGUUGGCUGUCGCAGUGUACCGAAUAAACAUGUUCCAUUUAGACAAGAUUCUGUACCAAGAUCCAUGAAGAUCAGCAAAAAUAUCUACAUACCUGACAAUAACACGUCUGCAAAAGGAAAAUUGGUUAAUCAAGCUCUAUUUAAGCAAGAUAAAAAUUAUGCUGAGGAUAAUACCUUCAAGAGACCAAAUAAUCCAGUAGAUGCUUCUCAAGAUAAAGAGACACAAAGCAAAAAGGAAAAUGAGGAAUGUAAUGAGAAAAAUGAUGUAGAAUAUGUAAAAGAUGUUAAGAAAUGUAAUGAGAGGGACAAUAAGGAAUAUAAUGUAGAAGAUGAUAAAGAGUUGCAAGAUGAAUCGAAAGAAUUAACGAAUGAUAAUAAGGAAGCUAAGGAAGCUAAGGAAGAGGACAAUCAGAACGACAUGGAUGCUACAAUUGAACACAGAAAAGAUAAUCGAUCUUCGAACAAGCACACAGUUCUUACCUGGUGCAAUCACAGACCAAGUUUGUCAAAACGUAGAAUGUCAGUUAACAAAAAAUACAUUAGUCUAGCGGAAGCUGUGUCGCGUUUCCAAACUGAGACGCCCGAGCGUUUCCGCACCAGAAGCAAUAAGACGAACACGAGUAUGCCGCUUAACAUGUCAAAGUUAAUGCAAAAUCGUUUGAGACCAACGAUACCGAUUUCACCAGCACUCUUGUCGAAGACCAGGGCGCGUCCCGUUACCGUGUUGAGUCGAGAAGAGCGUGAAAAAUUGGAAUUGGAGGAGAUGAAGAAGCAUCAAAUAAAAGCCAAUCCGAUACCACCUAAUGUGUUGCGAUCACGGAAGACUAUUGGCGUCACAAAAAAAUCGACGGCAGCCGCGCAUAUUUCUGUUACGGAAUCUAAUGAGAAAGCCACAAAUUCGAUUCAACCGAAAAAUCCGCUACCACAUCGCGAUAGAGCAUUAUCCGGUUCAAAGAACAUGGUCACGAAGGUAGUGGUGACCGAUCCUGCAGGUAUCGUUGUAGAACGGGAGGAAAUAACAUUCUUUGGUGUGCCGGCGGAUACUGUCACUGCGAAAAACGUGACGCGUAUCGUGCCAUUCAGCUUCGAGGCACGUAACAAAGAUCUGCAGUUAAAGAAGGAGCAACGAUUAAAGAGUCUGCAAGAGGCUAAUAAAAUAAAGGCAGAAUUUCAUGCCAGGCCAGUGCCAAAUUUCUCGAAGCCACCAACACCACCGGCUAAGCAACAACAGCAGCAACAACAACAGAAUAAUGAAAAUCUUACCAAGUCCAUUAGCUUUGAUAAUCGGGACAAGAAAAUUUUUGAAAGAAAGGAGCAGUUGGUGAAGCAGCUGUUUGAAGAAGAUAAACGGGCGCGCGUAUUCCGUGCAAAUCCAGCACCAGUCUUCAAACCUGUAUUGGUUCGUGGUAGAUCCAAAGAACAUCUCUUAGCGAAGGACAAGAAUACGAAGAACGAUCGAGUGGAAGAUCAAGAGAACAGAGAGCCGAAUGUUGACUCUUCCAAGAUGAAGAAAGAGAAUAUAGAGAAAGCGAAGAAUGCCGCUGAUAAACAGAAAGCACCAUUAAAAGCUUAUCCACUGACAUUAAACACUGACAAACGGGCAAAGGAACGACACGAGUUUAAUGAAAAGAUGAAGCGUAAGGAAAUGGAGGAAGAGGCAAAGCGUCAAGAGCUAGAAAUGCAAAGACUCGAAUCUGAAAAAAUGGUGCAGACAAAGCUACGCAAGCUUGCGGAGAUAAAAGCCAGACCGAUGCCAGCGUACAAAUCGCCAAUGGUUAUCAAAGCGACGAAACCACUGACCAAUCCGCAGAGUCCUGCAUUCGCAAGUAAACUUAGAUCGAAGCAAACAUAAAUAUAACACGUUAAAGCGUAAACAUUUAUUAGACUAUUUCGCUUCAGAAUUAUGUAAUACUGUAACUCGCCUUGUAUAUUUCUAUAAAGAUUAUAACACAGUAUAAUGUUACGAAUAAUAAAGAAAUAUAAUUUAAA